AGGAGGCGCCUGCGGCUGCGGCAGCUGCAGCCAAGAGGCAGCGCGUGGGGCAGGUUUAUGCAGCCGUUGCUAUGGCACCACCGAGCCUGCUGCAAACACCAGCCAGCACUCACACGCGAAUGAGAGCACACACACACACACACACACACACACACACACGCACAGGCGCACGGAGCGCAGCGCAGGCAGCAGUGGCGGUGGAAACUCUGAAGGCACAGCCAAGCGUUCCCACGCCCGGCCCUCGCUGCCAGCUCCCUGCGGACACUCUCCCCCCACAGGCGGGAAGGGCGCCAGCCCCAGGAGGACCAGCUCCUGAGGGUGGAGCUCGGGUCAAGGAAGAAGCGCACAUGGUCGGGAGUGGGCAGCGCCUGCGGACUCCGCCACCAGGGCUGUGGCUUCCGGAGCCGACACCGCUGUGGUCCAGGCCAGCACGCGGGCCAGUGGCCCAACCCUGGGCCCAAAGCAAGCCCACCCUCCCGGCCUGUCCUCCUCUCAGGGUCCCCGUGGGCACCCCGCAGCCCCACGCUGACCUCCUGCCCUCCCUCCAUGGCCACCCCAUACAUCCCUGCUAUCUUCCAGUCAAUGGAAGAAAAUCCUCAAGUAGUUACCCAUGGGUCUGGGCCUCCACGUGGCUGCCAACCAGCACUCCGGGUGCGAAGGUGGGUCCCACCAGGGCAGGGGCGGGAGGCCUGCUCGCGGUCAGCCCAUCAUCACGGGAUCCAUGCCCCCCAUGGGUGGUUCUGCCCCUGCCCUGCACCCUGGCCCCUCCUCUAGGCCCCGCCCCCACCCACAUGCUCCUGUGGGCCGCCUCACCCCUGCCUAUGACUCCAGAUGCCCUCCACACGCUCACUCCUAAGAUGGCGUGUCCAUCUGGUCGCCAGCCGGCACCCAGCCUCUGCCACUCAGCAAGCCGUCACAUUGGGCUGCACCAUCACCUCCCAGGGCCCAGGGCCAAGCCAGGGUGCAGGGCACAGAAGCCUUGCUCUCUGGGCAAUGGACCCCCUUUCGGCCCCCAGCGGAGGCCUCCUGUCAGGCCCACCCUCUGCGUUCCCUCCUGGCAAGGACAGCAGCGUCUCUAACCCAGAGACGCUUGUCUGGGCCGAAGGGGCAGCUGCCUCAUCCCCGGACCCCAGGCCUGGACCUGCAGGCGUCGCCACGGGAAAGGAAGGAGACCUUGCAGUUCAAGGAUGACUGCUUCCCAGGAAGGCUGCCGACAGAGCUCCACUUCACCAGUAAGAGCCCUGCCCGGCCGGUGUAACUCAAGCAAUGGGAAAAAUAUUCUCAGGUGAAGAUUAAGGAAAAAUAUGUACGCUGACCUCAAAAACUCGGACAAGUCAUCUGACCAAAAGGCAUCUACAUUUCCGAUUGUAAGAAGCGGCCAGUGCUCUAGGGAAGAGGACGCACUGGUAACCCCAGAACAGACGUCCCUCCAAACCCGAGACGCCUCCUGGGCCACUCAGGCAGACACGGCAGGUCGAGCGGUGCCAGUGGGAAGCAAGCCAGUGCCCCUCAGCUCUGCCUUAAGGGCCCUCUGGGCCGGAGGCUAAGGGCCCUCUGGGCACCUCUGCGGUUGGUGGUGGCCUUGGCUCUGCCUGUGGGUGGACCCAGGUGAGCGGGGCCAUGGGAGGACUGGGACUGCGCUCCUCUCAGCACCCAAACAAGCCACACUGAUCUGUCUAAAUCAGCCGUGGGCAAACUUUUUGACUCGAGGGCCACAGUGGGUUCUUAAACUGGACUCAGAAGAAGGAGCUGCGGCCGUGUUUCCCGACGUUGCCAUGUUAACACCGCUGCUGGUGAAGGAGCGGAGGGGAGAGCAAGAGAACCCUCGCUCUUGCCCACGGCUGGUCUAAACCAACAAAAGAGCCCGCCUCUGAGAGGCCCAAGGGCUUUCUUAGGGGCCAGCAACAGCGGGGGGAGGGGGGCCUUCAUCAGCCAUGCAGGACAGAGUCCCGUGGCCCGGCCGGCAUGGCUCAGUGCAUGGGCGUCAACCCAUGAACCAGGAGGUCGCUGGUUCGAUUCCUGGUCAGGGCACAUGCCUGGCUUGUGGGCUUGAUCCCCGAUGUGGGGCGUGCAGGAGGCAGCCAAUCAAUGCUUCUAUCUCUCUAUCCUUCUCCCUUCCUCUCUCUAAAAUCAAUAGAGACAUUUAAAAAAUAAUGUGGAAUGUGAUGACUAAACACCAGUAGGAACUUAAGGGCAGAAAGCCAGCACCACACAGGAAUACACGGGCCGGGGGAAGUGACGUCCAGAAGGUCCCCAAGGUCACGGAUGCAUUUGCCAAAACUGCGACUCAGACCCACCUGCCCGAUGGCCCUGUACUCUGCCCCGCGCCUUGCUGCGCACGCACGCCUGUGGGUGAAGCUCUCGGGCAGGGAGCGGCGGGUGUGGGGCGAGCCCUCAGGCACUGCGGGGAGAAGCCACUUCGACACCCAGCGAACACUGAAACACGUAACUGUAUGCGAACAGAACCCUCGCCCAACGCCACCACCACCACCAAGGGCACUGCCGGCCCCUCCUGACCGCCCCUUCCCACCCACACGCGUGGGGGCUCACUGUUCCCCAAUUCCCGUUUAUCCUCUGGAAUUUCUUUAUGGAACAGCGGGCACAUGAACAGGAUUCUUGGUUUUCCCCCUUUUUAAAAAAUAAAUAUUUUUAUUGAAUUCAGAGAGGAAGGGAGAGGGAGAGAGAGCGAAACAUCAA